AUGAUAAAUAUUUUUUUAACAUUUCCUAUCAGAUUAUGGGAUAAUUGGCAAAUUUAUAUUAAAAAUUAUAAAUUUAUAAUUGAAUUUUGAUUUUUAUAUAAUACUACUUUUUCAGAAAUAAUUAAAUUUAUAAGUUUAAAUUUAAUUAAUGAAUUAAAUAUUAUUAAAAAUUUUAAAAUUAGUAAUACAAAAAAUAAAGCUUUUAGUAGUUAUAGUAAUAAAAAAUUACGUCAACAAAAAGGAUCAGGAAAAGCGAGAAUAGGAUCUAAAAAAUCUGUAUUACAAAAAGGAGGUUCAGUUGCUUUUGGUUUAAAUUUAAAACGUUACUUUAAUCCAUUAAUUAAAAAAACAUUAUUUUUAAUUUUGAAAUAUUUAUGUUUAAAUAAACGAACUAAUAUAUAUAUUAUAAAUAUAAAUACUUUUAAUAAAUAUUCAGUUAAUUUUAAAGAUUAUUUAAAAUUACAAGUACAAUUAAAUGGAAUUUUAAUACAUAAACUUUUAUGUUUAAAUUUAACUAAAAACAAUUUAGUAUAUUUUAAAUUUACAAAACAAGGUAAACAAAUUAAUUUUUUAAAAAGUAAUAAACUUACUUGUUUAAAAUUACUUUCUUUUAAAUAUAUAUUUAUUUUUAUUUAA